ACUGCAAGACGAUUAGUAUUUUUAACAUAUAAGUCAAAUAACAUUAUAAAAUGAUAUUGACGAUUAUUCUAAUUUCUCUGUUAACAGUUAUAUUUAUUAAUAUUCUGUCGAAGUUGUAUAAAUUUUAUGUUUUUCGUAAGACGAUUAAUAAAAUACCUGGUGAUGCAUCCUUCUUCGGUACCAUAAUCAAUUUCAGCAGAUUAUCAAAAGAAGAAUAUCAUAGAAUCUUCUAUCAAUACACGGAUCGAUAUAAAGAGGGUAUUUGUAAAUUAUGGAUGGGAUAUGAAGCAAUAGUACACGUUUACAAGCCUGAAUAUGUAGAGGUCAUCCUCAAAAGUACUACGAAUAUAAAGAAAUCAAGUAUUUACGAUGGUUUUAAGCCUUGGUUAGGAGAUGGUCUUGUAACCUCGUCUGGUUCUAAGUGGCACCACGACAGGAAGUUGAUUAACCCGGCAUUUCAUUUUUCUAUGCUCGAUAAUUUCAUGAUAGUAAUGCUGGAAAAGAGCGAAAUUUUGAUCGAUCGUAUAGUGAAAGAAAUUGAGAAAAAUAUUGGACAAAAUGCAGUCAAUAUUUAUCCAUUGCUUCUUGAUUUUGCGUUGGAUGUUAUAUGCGAAACAGCAAUGGGGGUUAACGUAUACGCGCAGGAUAAUACAAAAAUUGGCUACUCCGAUUACGUGCACAAUGUGACGAAUGCUAUAAUAUAUCGUAAUUUACGUCCUUGGUUAAAACUAGAUUCGAUAUUUGCAUUGACAGCCGAAGGGAAGCAAUUUUAUUCAUCGAUCAAGGAAAUACAUCGUUUUAAUAGAGAGGUGAUAAAGAUGAAAAAGGAGGCACGUCGAGAGAAUUGUCAAGACGACAGAGAAUUUGAUGAAUUAGGUAGAAAAAAAAGGAAAGCCUUCAUAGAUAUCUUAUUAGAUAUCAAUGAAAAUAAUUCUAAUCAGUUGUCGGAAGAGGAUAUGAAUGAACAAGUAGCUACAAUAAUGUUCGCUGGUCAUGAUACUAGUGCUACCGCUAUUUUUUGGACAUUGUUAUGUUUGGCAACAGAACCUGAAAUUCAAGAUAAGGUUUACGAGGAACUGACGGUUGUAUUCGACAAUUUGGACGGUCCAAUUAGCAUGAAUACAAUUUCCCAAUUGAAAUAUUUGGACAGAGUAUGCAAGGAAACUUUGAGGCUCUAUCCUGUAGUACCUAAAUAUUCACGACAAAUAACAGAGGAAAUAAAGAUAGGGAAAUACGUAAUUCCGAAGAAUACAUUAUUGACAAUUCAUGUUCAUGGUUUGCAUUACGAUCCCGAAAUUUGGACGGAUCCAGAAAAAUUUGAUCCGGACAGGUUUUUGACCAAUGAGACGCAAUAUAGAAAUCCUUUUUCAUAUAUACCGUUUAGCGCUGGACCAAGAAAUUGUAUCGGACAGAAAUUCGCAAAUCUAGAACAAAAGUUGGUUAUAGCAAUAUUGUUGAGAAAAUGGAUGGUCAAAUCUUCGAUUUUACGAGAAGAUAUCAAAAUUUGUCAAUCUGCUGUUUUACGACCAUUGGAUGAUGUAUAUUUACGUUUUAUACCGAGAAAAUGUAAGAGCUUUUUGACUAUAAAAGAACACACGAGUUCUAUUUUCUCUUUCAAACGGCGCAAAACUGCAAGACGAUUAAUGGUAUUGACGAUUAUUCUAAUUGCUCUGUUAACAGUUCUAUUUAUUAAUAUUCUGUCGAAGUUGUAUAAAUUUUAUGUUUUUCGUAAGACGAUUAAUAAAAUACCUGGUGAUGCAUCCUUCUUCGAUACCGCAAUCAAUUUUAGCAGAUUAUCAAAAGACGAAUAUCAUAAAGCCUUUUGUCAAUACACAGUUCUAUAUAAAGAAGGGAUUUAUAAAUUAUGGAUGGGGUAUAAACCAAAGGUAUACAUUUACAAGCCUGAAUAUGUAGAGAUCAUCCUCAGAAGUACUACGAAUAUAAAGAAAUCAAGUACUUACGAUAGCUUUAAGCCUUGGUUAGGAGAUGGUCUUGUAACCUCGUCUGGUUCUAAGUGGCACCAUGACAGGAAAUUGAUUAACCCGGCAUUUCAUUUUUCUAUGCUCGAGGAUUUCAUGAUAGUAAUAAUCGAAAAGUGCGAAAUUUUGAUCGAUCGUAUAGAGAAAGAAAUGGGGAAAAAUAUUGGAAAAAAUGAAGUCAAUAUAUAUCCGUUGAUUGCUGAUUUUGCGUUGGAUGUUAUAUGCGAAACCGCAAUGGGCGUUAACAUACAUGCGCAGGAUAAUACAAAUACUGGCUAUCCCGAUUACGUACAGAAAGCGACGAAUGGUGUAUUAUAUCGUUAUUUACGUCCUUGGUUAAAACUAGAUUCGAUAUUCGCAUUGACAGCCGAAGGGAAACAAUUUUAUUCGUCGGUCAAGGAAAUACAUCGUUUUAAUAGAGAGCUGAUAAAGAUGAAAAAGGAGGCUCGUCGAGAGAAAUGUCAAGACGACAGUGAAUUUGACGAAUUAGGUAGAAAAAAAGGGAAAGCCUUCAUAGAUAUCUUAUUAGAUAUCAACGAAAAUAAUUCUAAUCAGUUUUCGGAAGAGGAUAUGGAUGAACAAGUAGCUACAUUAAUGUUCGCUGGUCACGAUACUAGUGCUACCGCUAUUUUUUGGACAUUGUUAUGUUUGGCAACCGAGCCUGAAAUUCAAGAUAAGGUUUACGAGGAACUGAAGGAUGUAUUCGACGAUUUGGAUGGUCCUAUUAGCAUGAAUACAAUUUCUCAAUUGAAACAUUUGGACAGAGUUUGCAAGGAAUCUUUAAGGCUCUAUACAGUAGUUCCUGAAUUAUCACGACAAAUAACAAAGGAAAUAACGAUAGGGAAAUACGUAAUUCCGAAGAAUACGAUAUUGGCAAUUCAUGUUCAUGGUUUGCAUCACGAUCCCGAAAUUUGGCCGGAUCCAGAAAAAUUUGAUCCGGACAGGUUUUUGACCAAUGAAAUGGAAUAUAGAAAUCCUUACUCAUUUUUACCGUUUAGCGCCGGACCAAGAAAUUGUAUCGGACAGAAAUUCGCGGAUCUAGAACAUAGAUUGGUUAUAGCAAUAUUGUUGAGAAAAUGGAUAGUCAAAUCUUCGAUUUUACGAAAAGAUAUGAAAAUUUAUCAUUCUGCCAUUUUACGUCCUUUGGAUGAUGUGUAUUUACGUUUUAUUCCGAGGAAAUGAGAAGACCACAAAGAGAGAGCGAGAGAGAGAAUUAGUUUUCUUUUCUUUCGAUAAAAUUCAUAUAUUUUGUAUUAUCGUUGAUAUAUUAAAAUCAACGAAUCACUUUCUGUUUCUACGAAUUAUGAAUUUUCCGCAUUGAAGGUAGUUUAUGAAAUAAAAUAGAAAAAGAACUUA